AUGGAACAAUCUCAAGUAUUUACAUGUCAGCGUUGUAAGCAUACCCUAAGGAUUGACGAUACACUCGUAGACCUUGGUACGACUUCAGUUGAUAUCUUACUAGCACCACUUUCUGAAGAGGUCGUUCGUACACCAGACUCAACGACAGUAGAUCGACGGUCUGAAACUUCGGAAAUUAAUAAAAGCUCUAAGCAAGCAAUUUUUAAUAACAUCGAUCAGAAUGGGAUUUUGGUGCCAAAUAAACGAUCAGGAUCUUCAAAGAAUCUCGGAUUAUCACGAUCUCCAAACAGGGAUAUCAGUACUAAGGAAUCUUUCUUGUUACCAUCAGAAUCUUAUGUAAUGUUAUCACGUUCACAAGUGGCACAGCCUCUGAACAAUCAAGUAUCACCGGAACACGGUACCAUAGAUACGAAUAACGAUGACAGGCAAAGAGCCAGCAUUAGCUAUAGACUUAAAGUCGCCAACCGUCUUUUUGAUCUUAUGUCAUCCAGAUCCGAAAUAGACCAUCCCAUGUGUCAAGAAUGCACUGAUAUGCUUUUGGAUAGUUUAAGCAAACAACUGACUGAUGCUUCUCGAGAAAGAGAUUGUUAUAUAGAUUUUUUGAAGAAAAUUAAUGUCAGCGUUAUAAGUGACGCUGAACAAGAGAAUUUGCAAAAAGAAAUUCAAGAGAUACGAUCCGGUGAACUAGCUGCUAUUAAAACGUUAAAAGAUAUAGAAUGUGAUCGUGAUGCAUUAAAGAAAGAAUUGGCUACAUUAGAAGAAGAGGCUAGAGAACUUGAUAAACUUGAAGAAAGUUAUUGGCAGGAAUUCAACGAUUUUCAUAUUCAACUACAAGCUUUUCAAAACGAGAGAGAUAGUGUCAAUUUAAAAUAUGAUCAUGAUGCAAAACAGUUGGAAAAACUUCAAAGGACCAAUGUAUAUAAUGACACUUUCGGUAUUAGUCAUGAUGGUAAUUUUGGAACGAUUAAUGGUUUUAGACUUGGUCGCUUACCGGAUGUGAUGGUCGAUUGGAACGAAAUUAAUGCAGCCUGGGGGCAGACACUUUUAUUACUGGCAACUAUUGCCAACAAACUUAAUUUUACAUUCAAAAAUUAUCGAUUAAUUCCAUUGGGUUCUUUCUCUAAGAUUGAACAUAUUGAUGGUGAAAAGAAAACCACUUAUGAAUUGUAUGGCUCAGGAGAUAUAGCAAUAGGAAGAUUGUUUUUAAAUCGCCGGUUUGAUCAUGCUAUGGUUGCUUUUUUAAAUUGUUUACAACAAUUGGGUGACUACGCUGAGCGUCAAGAACAUAAUUUCAAAUUACCAUAUCGGAUCAGUAAGGAUAAAAUUGGUGACGCGUCAAUAAGGUUACAAUUCAACCAAUUCGAAACUUGGACAAAAGCUCUUAAAUACACUCUUACGAAUACUAAAUGGAUCUUAGCAUACGCUUCAUCGACAUUUUCUUAA